AUGGCUAAAGUCAUUGGCCUGGCUUCUAGGCUGAUAGCGCUGGCUACUUUUGCGCUGAAGUCCGUCACUAAGCUCUGUCAAACGGUCCACGGUUUGGGGCAUCAUUCCGAGACGGUCCUCGACCUCAUCAAGGAGGUUGAGGCCUUGCAGGCCGCCCUCACCUCGCUCACAAAGACAGUCGAUGACGCGCUAAGGAAGGAAAAGAGGAAGGAAGCAAUUCGCGGGCGCAGGGCGCGGGGAAAUAGCACACGGGCAAACUUCCGGGGCUGGGCUAAGCUGAGGUACCUGGGUGAAGAUGUCGACGGCUUUCGGCGGACGCUGGCUGGAUACAAAUCCACUAUUAUUAUCAACCUCACCGAUGCAACUUUUCGUACCUCCUCCGUCAGUGCUCAAAAAUUUGAGGAGCACCGAAACAUGGUCCAGGUCGCUGUUUUGACGUUUGAAGACCGCCUUACGGCAAUCGACGAUAAACUCGACUCGAUAUUCCAACGCACCGUGGUGGACUCUGACGAGGACGCAGUUGAGCUGCGGCAAAUCAAGGACGAACGGCUGAGCACGCAGAAAUGUCUCCAGAUCUGCAUCCAGAUGUCCCGCCAAUUCGACCAGAUCAAGCUUCCGCCCACGCGGGGCGAUGGCAACCCCGCCGGGCUCAUUGAUCCAGUAAAAGUCAUGGGUAAUGUCGGCCUCAAACUCUACUCUCGGGAUAAUAUGAGUCUCAACACCGCCUACGCACCACACACGAUUACCCAACAUGGCGCCAAGUCUCACCCACUCCAGAUUCAGCAACAUCGCACUAUUCCGGCACAUUAUGCUCCUACUGGUGCUUGGAAGAACCCCAGUGAUGACAAAGAUCACCGCCCAGAUGGCUAUUACUACAAGAUUCGUAUCAACCCCAUUGUCGCCCAGCCGGCAAAAGACGCUCAGCCAGCAAAAGAUGCGGUGAAGGCGCCAGCUCCAACGAAAAACCGACCCCAGCGACAGCUGCCGGGGGCUAACUCGACUGCCACGGACACGUCUGGCACGUCGCUAUCUUCGGGGCAGUCGGUGGAACUGCCGUCGUUUGGCAAGCUCUUCCUCAUCUACGGCCACCUCACCGGGACCAGCCUUUACAUGGGCAGCGACGAGUACGACAAUGAAGCCGAGAAAUGGGUCAAGGAGAAGUGCCCCGUGAUUCCGUGGGAGGCGUUUUCCGCCUCGCUUCUGAAGGGGGAACACGGCACCAUAAGCUUUUCCAGGAUUGCGGAAACCAAUGUUUCCACAAUCCUCCACCAGGCCAAGGUCAAGCUGUAUGGGGCCGACAGCGACGGCGGCUGGUCAUAA